AUGUCCUCUCCAAACACCACUCACGUUUCUGGUCUUGCAGAGGUUCCAAUCUCAACUCCGUCCAGUGACAGGAGCGAUUGCACCUUACAAGGCGAAGUCACAACUGCAGUCACCAUGGAUGCAGGGAAAAUCAACCAGCCAAUGUCGACGGCGCCUCGAUCUGAACCAAGUUCGUCCCCUGCUCCAGUCCCGAAGACGUCCAGACACUCUUGGCCUGGCUUCACCCAUAGCGACCUCAUGCGCAAAGCAAAGCAGUCGAACACUCCCUGGGGAUAUCAUGCUCGAUCAAGAGACGUGCUAUGGGAAAUGCGCAGUACUUACAACACACGCCGACCAGAGCUGCCCAAGGGCAUUGCUCAUUACACUGCUGAGGCACUGCAGUUCUACACCAGUGUCUUGAACAAAACCAAAGCCGAGCACAAAGACAAAAUCCAAGGCACCAAGAAGUCACCGACAACCACAGACGACAACACAAGACAUCAGAUGGGUUCCGUCCAGAACGGCAAUGCAUUGGGAUCAACCGGGUCGACUCCGCCAGCAACUCCGGUCACUAGAAAGAGACCAGCGGCGGAUGAUUUGGAUGGCUCGGAGGAUGCCAGUCCAUUCAAGAAACGUGCUAGCCCAUCGAUUCACAAUCAGACCGUUCCAGCGGCACACUCCAUGAACAGCGGACGUCGCAGAAAAGUCAUCAUCGAUUCUGAUGAUGAAGUUGAAACGUCCAUCUCUCAAGAGACACCCUCAAAGAAGUCUGUUGCGCAAGAAGCCCACCCUCCAUCAAAGACUGUCACCCCCGAGCCAUAUGCUCCAUCCAUUGAAGAUGUCGGCCGUUCUCAACCCCUGUUGCUGCCCCCAUUUCCGAUUCUCGCCGCUCUCACUUCCGAUGCCGCUGCAUCCUUGACUCACAUCAAGAAACGUCGCCGGGUAGGAAGUCCUUCAAACAAUUCAUUAUGGAAAAGCAUUGACUCUUGCCAGGGGGACCCAGAUACUGAAGAGCCUGCCGCAAAGAAGGCACGAGACUACCGACAUGUGCGGCCGGAAUCUAACAAAGAGAACCGGGACCAACCGAAGAAAGAGAGAUUGAUGGCGCAGAACAAAGCGAAAAAUAUGAAAACACUUCCAGGCAAACCCCUGUACGAAACAAAAACAGUGACAAGCAAGAAGCCAAAGACUUUCCAAAUUGCCAGAGAUGAUGAUCAUGAUGGUGCCGGUGAGGUCGAACCUGAGAAUUCAAGCGAGUCCAAAACCAUUAAGGCAUUCACUGCAAAGUAUCGAACUCGAUCAGUAACAUCGGCGACUGCUAUUUCCAAGCAAGCAAUGAAACAUACGGAUGCCCCCUUCAGCAAAGCCUCAUCAUCGAAGACACACGGAGCCGUCGAAGAGGUGGGUUCUUCGACCUCACAUUCCGGAACCCAAACAGCAUCUGCUGCUCUUGCAUCUCAUAAGGGCAAAGUGGUGAAACCGACAAAAAAGACAACAGAUCCAACCACAUUCAAAGCGGACAAGGUGAAUGCAAAUGCUCCAGCCAACGAGAAUCCAAAACUAGCACGAGGUGUCGCAGUUAGAUCGGGUAGCAACACAUCCAGAUCCGACAGAGCUGAAAGACGUACGAGGUCAACCAAGGAGUCAGCACGCAGAUAUCUUCGCUUUUGA